GUACGCGCCGUGUUCAGUUGCCUUGGCCUUGUGGAGAAGUCUGCGCAUAGGAAUAUUGCUUUUAACAGAUUGUAAUUAUGGCCGAAAAUACUCUCCAAAAGCUGCUGGAAUCAGCGGGAGACGAUGAACUCUCAGAGCAGAUGUUUACCGUGCUCUUCAAUACGUUGCUGGAACUGAAUGUGAAGAAAGUGAUCCUUUCCGAUAAUGAUCGGAUAUUUUCGCACUACAAAUUGAUGCAAUAUGGCUUGAAAAGACUCUCUGGUCAAUUGGACCAAUCGAACGGUGACGAGUGGAUGGCGGCCAUCGAUCGCGUCGAACAAAUUUUCCUGGAAAUUCACUGUCGAAACACUGCGGAUUUCGGAGAUGUUGAUGGCGAGUUUCUGUUCAGAUUACUGCUGAUUCACAACGAACUGAUGGGUCUCAAAGACGUGGAGGAGCUCAAGAUUAUGCCACUCCAAAAGAUGCAAUUCUGCUUGAGUAUUUUCCUGCUGAUUUUCGAACAUCGUUCAAAGUACGAUGUUUAUGCGCUGCUGUUGAAUCAGCGGAACAUGAUGGCAUUCCUGACGGCGACUUGCGACGAUUUGCGAGUUAUUAGGAACAAGAAACGCAAUUGCGACGCGCCGGAAGGUUGCGAGUUAACUAGUUUAGUUUAUAGAAAGGACAGCAAAAUCUUUCGAAAAUUGGACAAUGUGUACGAGGUGAUACGAUCUCUGCAUUUGGCUUACAGUUUGCAAAAUGAUAUAUCCUCAAUUUUAAGCGAGAAAUUAAGUGAGACUGUUUUGACUGCUUCUCUGAACGCAUUAUUGAUCAAAUUUGAGCAGACCCAGGAUUGGAUCCAGGAUAAAUCUUCAAAUUUGAGCAAACAGUUGAAAAGUAUUAUUGACGCGCAGAAAAAAAUAACCGAGGAUACAAAAUCAAUGAACGACGAAAUAAUAAUGCACAGAGAGAAAAUAUUUUAUGAAAGGUUACAUGACAGUUUACCUGUGCUUAAUGUUCUAAUAAAAUUGUUCAUAUUUAUGAGAGUCCACUCGGCGUUCCGCCAGUUUUUGCGUUCAGCUCGAGGGUGCCAGUCUGUCCAGACAUUUCAGUCAUGUUGUAGCUACGUUAAAACACUCGAAGACCUAUCCAACUGUCACUGCAAGAUCCUAGAGGAAAUAAUAGAGUUUUACUCUGAGUUGGAACAAUCAUCACGUGAAGAUGAAAGAAUUUCUUUAAAAAAUCGAGCGCUACAUCUGCUGACAAAUAUGAAAACAGGAAUGGCUUGUUUCCACCCAACUCACAUCGGCAGGUUGGGAGAAAAAAUUCGCGAUUUGGAAAAAAUGAGAACACGCAUCGAUGCCGACAUUGCGUUCCUCGGGGAUCCCACGGUUUUGGAAUGUAUCCACGGUCUAUGGCAUUUUAUAGAAUCUGAAAUGUUGCCGUCAUUCGAUCCCGGAACGUUUUUCGAGGAGGAAGAAUUGUACAUCCGUGAUCAAUCUUCACCAGACGUGGCUGAGAACAAUACAUGUAUGGAAAAGGCAGAAGAUAAAAGUUCGCCUUCGCGACAAUCUCCAAGCUUCGAUGAGUUGAUUGAAACAUGGUCAAAACUUGCCUCUGAAGCAGACCUCAUCUUCAGAAACAAGUUUUUCGAGGAAUACAUCGAUAACAUAAGAUCAACGCUUGCACAAUAUGACUGCCUGUCCAUCGAAACAUUCAUCUGCAACCAUCACCACAUUCCGAGACCAGUGGCAGCGGCGCUUCGAUAUUGGCAGCUGCAAUGUUACGACUUUCUCGAGCGUCAGAAUCUGACUGGCAGCGGCUCGGAAUUGGUGAAAAUGGGGAGCGCAAUAGUUUUUGGGAAGCAAUUUCAAAAUUAUUUGCAAUCCGACGAUCCUAGCUACCAUGUUGUUAUGCAUGAUCCCACGAGCGUUGUUUUGUUGCAUGGCUUGCUGUUAGUAAAAUCACCGUACGAAGAGCUACAACACCAGCAUUGCGUGAUUCCGGAGGGAUUGUACGAUGUGCGAGUCGAAGGAUGGAAUUGGAUUCAGCUACAGAAGCAGCUGGUGCACUCGGAUGACUUUCGAAAGGAACCUAUUUUGAACAUGUCAUGUGGAGAAACAUACAGAAAAAUUAUCGAAUUAACAGAGGAUGCACACGUAUCAUCGCUGAGGAGGCUUCUUGCUCGCGAACGAUCGUUCACACCCGAUGAAACUCUGCUUUUGGAAGCCAUUUCAACCGGAAAUGAAGAAAUAUUCAGCAUAUUGAUCCAUCGGUUGCCCAACAUUGGUGAGAAUAUCAUUCAACAAGCAAUCACAGCGAAUAUGAUUCACCCAAUAAUAUCGCAUCUUCAAAAUGUGAAUCGCAAAUUCAUGGGGCAGGCCCUGCACAUGGCAGUUAGAGCGAACACCGUUGAAGUCGUUCGUACGAUUUUGAAUACUGAACAAACGUGGACAAACCGUGAGCAACUGAACGAAACAUUGCGAUUAGCUGUUCGGUACAAUAGAAUCGGCGUCGUAAGAUUACUGUUGCCACAUAUGCAGAUGAGCUCAGAACUGGACUCAGCUAUGUUUACCGCCGCUUCGCAAAAACGCUGGAAGUUGGCGAAACUUCUGCUGGCGCACGGUGCCAAUCCGCACGCGAGCAUAUCUUCGGGAGGUUCACCACUCAAAACAACGUUUCAACAAGCUGUGGCUGCUGACUGUUUGAAAUUUGUGAAACGAUGCGAUGCCCAAGCAGAGCAGAAUCGUCGGUCGUCCGGUUUGUUAUCUCUUGCAGCUUCCAUUGGAUCACUUCGAAUGGCGGAACAUCUUCUGGGGGUUGGAUUUGACAUUCUGGAUGACGAUCAUGUGCUACCGGUGGUAUUACAGUUUGGUCACGUUCACAUUCAGCGAAUGGUUCUGGAUAGGUUGCGAGUGUUAGAAUGGGUGAAUCCAGUGAAUGAGUUUGCACGCUGGUUAAAUCUAAUAGAACAGUGUAAAAUGUUUGAUUAUUUAAUGCGGUUUGUGAAAAACGUUGUUUUUAACAAUGCGAGCGACUGGUUCACGAGAACGGUUGUAAGAAAAAUAAAACUAUUAGGAGCGCUCGAUAAAGACUUCUAUGUUCGAAAUGUGGAGAAAAGUUUGGAGGACUGGAGGGUCAUACAUACUAUAUUGAAGAACGUUUCCUCAGCUAUGAAGCAACGAUUAUGUGAUGUGCAUAUUUACGAUCAGAACCGAGCAUAUUACAGCUACAUAAAGCUUAUUGUUUUCGAUGCUGAAGAUAUAUCUGAAAGUGAAACCCAAACGCAUGAAUUGUUUCUUACAAACGAAGACACUCCAAUUUCAUACACUCGACUUGGUAUCCAGCAUAUUCUCGCCAAGUUGCAGCUGGAACCAGCUUUUUACAGUUGUGACAUACAUUGCUUCCCCGACGACACUCGUUUGCGACGUUUCAAACUGUUGCAACUGGAAUCGACAUAUUGUUUCGUUGAGUUCGAUUCGCGAUUUCUCAAUUCUGCUGAUUUUUUGUCUGAAAAGGUACGAUCGAUAGCGGAAGUAGUCUCGAAAGAAUCACGAAUUCAUCUGUCCGUCGGAUUGGUUGAUAUUGAGUGUACGGCUUUUCUGUUGAAACAAUUCGGACACCCCGGUUAUGAGGAUAUUUGGUUGGAUCCACUCGUAAUGCACACCCUGGUAGACAGUGAUGAGACCAAAUUGAAGCAGAAAAUUGACCUAGCGGACGUACUGCUUGACGCGGGUGUAAACUGCUGGAGCGUUACACAUCCGACACUGGCGCAGUCUUGCGUCGAUUAUGCACUGACUAAACAGCAAAAACCUUUGGCAGCGUUUCUCCUCACAAGACAGUGCGCGGGGUUGUCAACGUUCGAAUCGUUUCGGAGCAUAAUUCAGUACGGAUCGAUAGAUACGUUCAAGUUGUUCCUUGAAAUGGGAAACUACAACGAAACGGAAAUUUUUGAACACACUUCAAACGUCUUACUGGAGUUCAACGUUAAACACGUGUCGUUCUCUAGCGAUCUCUACACGUAUAUUUUGUACCGUCUUGCACGGUAUGGCUUCGCAAAUCUUUGCGCGGAUUCAAAUGCCCCCAAAUAUCCCUUGGAGUGGCUUGAAUCGAUAAAAUUAAUUAGUGAAUCGGUCGAGAUCUUGAGCUCACGAAAAGAUCGCGAUUACUUCCUAGGGGUCGACAAUGAAGUACUCUUCCACCUGCGGAUGAUUCAUAAUCAUUUAUUUUUCAUCAAGGAUUGUGUGCAGCUUAGGCAGAUUCCCCUCAAGCAAAUGACGUUUCUUCUCGCGAUAUUUCUUUCCAUUUUCAAAUCCAGCCCGGAGGAUGGCGGGAAACGGGAUUCUUUCGCUACGUUUCGAGUGAUCCUCAACAAACCGGAGCUGAUGCAUUUUCUAAUACACUUAAGCUCCCAGUUGAAUGGGUUCCGCGAGGAGUUUCUGAGAGUUUCGACCCGCAUGGAGGAUAUCAUUGUUGAGCACAACGACACAAGGGACAAAAACCACUUGAAGUCGAUUUGGGACGAGGACCGCUCCUUACCGAACCUAAGUGAUAAUGUAUGGAACAAUUUAACCUCGAAGAAGAAAGCUAAACUUCCACCCCGUGAACUGGUCCCGGUAGUGUUCUCUAGCGAAUUCAUCAAUUUCCAGUGGAAAAAGCCGAAACAGCACAAACAUGUUUUGCGGAGGUUAACAAGGCUCUAUCAGCGCGUGAAGCAACUGUACUCGCUAGGAAAAGUUUUCAAUGUAGCCGCCAAUUUCGCGCCAGCUGCGGGCUCCAAGCAGGUAACCGUAGCGUGCAUGAAAAGAUUCAUUCAAAUUUUCGGAGAAUGUAUCAAGAGCAGUGCUAACAGCCAAAAUCUUCCAAGUAAGCUGAACAACAUCCUUGAAAAACAACUGUCAACGUACAUCCAGUACAACAAACAAACCAGGGAUGUUUCCUGUCAUGACUUUCCGCUGGCUAGGAAAUUUUUUCGAUCGAAGAUCAAUAUCUGUAUUACUCGACAGCGGUAGAGUAUCUACGUGUGGUGCUGGUUACCUUGAAUAUUUUGCUUAUCUGUACCUUUCACGAGCUUGCCCGUUGCCUGUUUGGAUCGUUGAGACGCUGUCGGUCGCUGGGAAGCAUGAAAAAUUUGAUCCGCUACGUUGGCCAUCAAAACAAU